UGGUGUCAAAUAUCUAUUGUCAAUGUGUUCGACAUGAAUUUAUCACGAAUUUGUGUAUAGAAUACGUCACUGUCCGAUUGGAGUUAUUACGAACCAGCUGGCGCUGAUAAGAAAGCCUUCCUAUUCACUAUGUUUGAUACGUUUCUGUGCGAGAAAACAAAGCUAUGUGCGCGACCGAGAAGGCGGGGUGGCUGGCCGCCUGUGGUAGUGUUAAGUCUACUAUGCUGGGCUCUCCUUCCCGUCGAUGUGAAUGGCGUAACUCAGUCAACGCAAAACGUUAGUAGCUCAGCCCUCCAUGACCAUUACCGGUGUAUGUAUUGUCAUAAGGCUGAACACAUAAUCGACUGCCUUGAUGUUAUUACAUGCGCACCACACGAGGUAUGCUACAUUGAAAAGGAGGUGCUAGCCAGUGGAUGGCCAGUCAUCAAUGCAGGUUGUCGCUCUCGCCAUACUUGUAAUCUGAAGACGUGUUUCGGGGAGUCUAUGCACGGGUACGCCCAUGCGGUCAAUAAGCGAUCCACAUUAUCCUGUCAUCAUUGUUGUGAGGGAGAGUUCUGCAAUCUGUAUGGCUGCCCCGAUAGUGAGGACAUGAGUGUGUUACCGUCUACCCGAUGUAUGGCCUGUGAUGCCGUGAAAGAUCCCGUCCUCUGUGACAAAUUGAUUAACUGUCCAUACUCACAGCAAUGUGUAUCGUAUGGGGUGUUUCAUGCUGGUGGCCUGCGAUUUGAAUUAGGAUGCGAAGAAACAUCGUACUGCGGUGCUUUUAAAAACAACAGCAACGUAAAACGUGACGUAACUCACCAUGUCGGUGAGAUCGACCUUGCCUCCACGUGCUGUGAUACACAUUUAUGCAACCGGAACUGGCCACCACAAGAUCAGCCGCCACCAAAGGUCAUUUCAGGGUUCACCUGUCACCAUCAGACGGAACGUCCCUUGCUGUCUACAAUUAUUGGAUUGAGUUCUACACCCCCCACAGUGACGUCAGGAGGGCCAUCUCGCUCACCUACUACACAUGGACCUAUCACUUCCGCACCUAACAUAACCAUUCCGACAUCAGAAAACUGCAAAGACAGAGCUACAGAGAGCAACUGUAAACUUCUCAACAUAACCAGCCAACUGUGUGAUACCAUAUCCCUGACGUCGGUAUACUACUGUGUCAAAUUCUGCGGCUUCUGUAGUCCGUUUCCAACAGCAGCACAUAUGAUCUCAACGAUCCCAACGAUCCCAGUGUCAGGCAGCAGGCCAACUCCCUCAACACCGGUCUCGCAUGCUACACAAGCGACGCCUGUCUCCUCCAGAACUUCUUCAGCACCAACGACACAGAAAUCUACUCUAGAGCCAUCUCACUCACCUAGCACAGCUGGACCUGCUACUUCCUCACCAAGUCCGUCUCCAUCAGUAGCACAUAUGAUCUCAACGAUCCCAACGAUCCCAGUGUCAGGCAGCAGGCCAACUCCCUCAACACCGGUCUCGCAUGCUACACAAGCGACGCCUGUCUCCUCCAGAACUUCUUCAGCACCAACGACACAGAAAUCUACUCUAGAGCCAUCUCACUCACCUAGCACAGCUGGACCUGCUACUUCCUCACCAAACAUAACCUUACCCUCAGCAGAAAACUGCACAGACAGAGGUGUAGAGAGUGCCUGUGAUUAUCUUAACAAAACUUCCCAGCUGUGUGAUACCAUAACCAUAACGUCGGUAUACUACUGUGUCAAGUUCUGCGGCUUCUGUACUCCGUUACCUACCCUUUCUGUACGACAAAGUCAGACAACUACAACAGCAGGAACUGUAACCACGCCAGUUUCUCAAGCGACCGUUUCCACGCGUUUACCACAGAACGUCCCAGUACUUGUAGGAAAACGGCUUGACGACGAUUCUGUUGCUGACACUGACCAACGAGGACGGCAUCCUAUUUCCUGACGUUUACGUUUUCAAUUCGUGAUACUAUGUCACAAUUUUAAUGACUGCAAAUAAAUUGCUUUAAUCG